UGUCUUCCCUUGCUGUGCAGUCAGAUGUGGGAGUGCGCCUGCUCUCUUCCAUAUGUAUGAAGCAGAUCAUACUCCCCCACAUCCAGUCUGCCAGAGACAGGCUGAGAGGAGGACCACUGAGCUGCAGCAGGGACCUGACAGCUGAACACAUCUCUGGGGUCUGUACAUCCUGCAGAAACCAAGGGGGGCACUCACCAGCCUGACUUCUUAGUCAUCUGGAGACCAGCAGCAGCUGAGAUGUGGAGUCGUGACUGAGGACUGUGCAUGUGGACUGUAUCAUCUGCUGCUCCCCCACCCCAGGAUUCACACACCAUUUCCAGGACUCCUCUUCUUCUUCUUCUUGGAUUAUGUUGUGACCAAGAUAAACAAGAUGCACUGGGGGGUGGAAGGCUAUAUCCAGAACAGGAGCUGUUUUAGUCAAGCAGGGGUCUUCCUUUAUAGCUCAGACUUGGCUUCUUCUUACAGGACCCCUUAAGCAUCCAGACCUCCUGCACUCACACCUCCUCCCUUACGCCCCCUUGUGUUGUGUACUUUAAGUGGUGCAAUUCUUAAUCUGACAACACUGCUCCCAAAUAACAAGAGUAUAGUGGAGAGAUAUGAGCCUUUCCAGAAUCUUUAUACAUCAUAAAUAAUCUACACUGAGGACUAAACUCAUUGCAUUGCUUACCCGAGGACCAGUUAUAGCCAAGGACCUCUUCUUCUGAGGACCAACUCAUUGCAUGUAUUGCUUACCCCAGGACCCGUUAUAGCCAAGGACCCCUUCUUCUGAGGACCAUUUUAGCCAAGGACCCCUUCUUCUGAGGACCAACUCAUUGCAUGUAGUGCUUACCCCAGGACCCGUUAUAGCCAAGGACCCCUUCUUCUGAGGACCAUUUUAGCCAAGGACCCCUUCUUCUGAGGUUUUAGCCAAGGACCCCUUCUUCUGAGGACCAUUUUAGCCAAGGACCCCUUCUUCUGAGGACCAUUUUAGCCAAGGACCCCUUCUUCUGAGGAUCAUUUUAGCCAAGGACCCCUUCUUCUGAGGACCAUUUUAGCCAAGGACCCCUUCUUCUGAGGAUCAGUUAUAGCCAAGGACCCCUUCUUCUGAGGACCAUUUUAGCCAAGGACCCCUUCUUCUGAGGACCAUUUUAGCCAAGGACCCCUUCUUCUGAGGACCAUUUUAGCCAAUGACCUCUUCUUCUGAAGACCAAAUUGCAACCCAGACCACAAUACUUUGAAGACAAAACCAGGGCAUUGACUUUAGAGAAAGAAGGACAUUGCACUACAAAGCUCUUGUGCUGAAUUCUUCCCCUUCAGUGUAAACAUUCUCUUGUUCUGAAGAAGCUGGCAUCUUCUUAACCAUUGCUGUGCCAGGACUUAUCUAUAAGCCAAGUGUGCAGACAAGCUGAGCAGCCUCUCCUCUUCCAAGGACAACAUAGACCACCAUUGUCACCAGGAUGGGUCUCCCUAGGACCAGGGGACUUUAUUCAACCUUUGUCCUUACAACAUAUAUGGGGCUCUGGUGCAAUUGUGGAGCAUCAGAUAGAGAGUGAAACUUCAACUACACUGAACAGCCAAAGAGUUUCCCAUGAUGAGACAUCUAGAUCUCCUCCUGAGGCCAUGAGCUGACAUUGCUGAUCCCCAACUUUCCCUUCUCCAGGGGGAAAAACACCAGAAAUCCAGUGCUAACCAAAAUGUGAUCCUCCUUAUGCAAAUCAGCUCCGGAAUCAUGAGGGGGAUUAUCCUCUGGAUUUUAACACUCACCUUGGGUGUAGCCGGUGCUCAGCUAUGUCCCAAAAGAUGUGUGUGCCAGAACCUUGCACAAUCCUUGGCAAUACUAUGUGCUAAAACUGGACUGCUUUUCGUACCAUCAGUCAUUGAUCGGAGGACAGUGGAGCUGAGACUCACCGACAACUUCAUCACGGUGAUCAGAAGAAAAGAUUUUACCAAUAUGACCCGUCUACUCCACCUCACACUAUCGAGAAACACCAUCAGCCAAAUCACGCCUUUCACCUUUGCCGAUCUCCGUGGACUACGUGCUUUACACCUUGACAGCAACCGCAUACUAUCCAUGGGGUACGAGCAGCUUCGAGGUCUGCAAAACCUGAGACAUCUUAUCCUCAGCAACAACCAGCUCAGUGAAAUCUCUCCAGGAUCUUUUCAAGAUUUUUUAGGCACAUUAGAAGACCUAGACCUUUCCUAUAACAACCUGGCGCAAAUUCCUUGGCAAACCAUCGCAAAAUUGACCAAUGUAAAUUCUCUGAGCCUUGAUCACAACCUUAUUGACUUUGUGCCCAGCGGUGUCUUCACGAACCUUCACAAACUGGCCAGACUGGACAUGACUUCUAAUAAACUAAAGACCAUUCCUCCAGAUCCAUUAUUCCUACGGAUUCCGGUCUAUGCCAAGUCUAAAGGAUCCCCCCUGUCCUCUCUUGUGUUGGGAUUUGGGGGAAAUCCCUUGCACUGCAAUUGUGAGCUCCUGUGGCUCAGGCGAUUUACUAGAGAAGAUGACCUAGAGACGUGUGCAUCACCAACAAAUCUUUUAGGGAAGUAUUUCUGGAGUAUAGCAGAGGAGGAGUUCAUGUGUGACUCUCCGGUUGUCACCCAUCACUCGCCACACAUAUCUGUCAUGGAGGGAGAAGCUGUUGUUCUCAAGUGCAAAGCUAUAGGUGACCCCGAGCCUUCCAUACACUGGGUGUCACCAGAAGGUAAGGUUGUCUCAAAUUCUUCUCGUGCUAUCUCCUAUGAAAACGGGACCUUGGAAAUCUCCAUCACCACCGUCAGAGACAGUGGCAUGUUUACUUGCAUUGCAUCAAAUACUGCAGGGGAUGCCACAGCAUCUGUGGAGCUGGCGGUGAGCCCCUUGCCUCAUCCCGCCAAUGCUAGUCAAAGGGGCCACAGACCUGAUAAAGGACCAUCAGACAUCCUCACACCAGCCAAGCCUGGAGCCUCCGGCAACCACUCUACGAACCACCCAGAGCGGAAGGUGAUAACUACAGAACUAAGCCACAACUCCGCUCUUAUACAGUGGUUUCUAGAUAGGAAUAUUCCUGGGAUUCGGAUGUAUCAGAUUCAGUACAACAGCUCGACAGAUGACAGUCUGAUCUACAGGAUGAUACCUCCAAACAAUCAAAGCUUCUUGAUCAAUGACUUGGCUCCAGGACGGGAGUAUGACCUCUGUGUACUGGCUGUCUAUGAUGAUGGGAUGACCGCUCUCACUGCCACGCGAGUUGUCGGAUGUGCCCAGUUCAACACUAAGGAGGAGAAUGGACAAUGUCAACCGCUGCACACCCAGUUUCUUGGAGGCACCAUGAUCAUUAUCAUCGGUGGAAUCAUCGUGGCUUCCGUACUGGUGUUUAUUAUCAUCCUAAUGAUCCGAUACAAAGUGUACAGCGGCCAGGAGGAAGGAGGGAAAGCGAGGGUCAGUAAUGUCUAUUCCCAGACAAAUGGACAACAAGGUAUGGCCUGCGCUCACUCUUGCGUCAAGCUGACGGGCGCUCCGGAGGAACUGCCGCUAAAUACGGACUUUACUACAGAGGAGGAAGUGUCGCAAAGCACAAAACCAACGCAAGAUGCAUGUGAACCAAAAUGUUCUGUGCCUAUACAAGGUUGUAAAAAUUCCGGGGAGAAGAGACUAUCGUGUGAGUGGACAGAUGUCAACAUCUAAUGACAGCUUAAAGGAUGAAGAGAUGGCUAAAUGCGGAAUGCCGGAAAUCCUCGAAGUGAUUAGAUGGUUAAAAGCUGAUUCACGGAGAGGUUACAACGCUGCCGUUUCCUGACCCUCUCAUCUGCAGUCGGAGUGCUGUUACAGACUUGUUGCCAUGGAAAUGAGCUGGAUAAAGUUUCUGAUCCCCCUUUCACAUUAUUCUCACAAACACGAUCCCCCCCCCCUUCCUAACCAAACAGUAUCUUCUUCAAACCACCUUGGACAACGAUGGUCUCGGUUCCAUUUCUAUUUCCCCCAUCAGACCUGAAAAUGUUUUCUAGUUUUUUAUAUAUAUCUUUUUUUGUAAACCACCCAGAUAUUUUGUAAUAAAAUCUCUCGCUGGAGCUGUGGAUUUCUGUACA